ACCGAGAAGAGCCGGGCGGCCGGCCGGCCGCCAACCCGACCCGCGGACCGCGACAGCGGGACGGGCCGUGCCGCCGCCAUGACAGAGCAGACCUACUGUGACCGCCUGGUCCAGGACACACCUUUCCUCCUGGGCCGGGGACGCCUCAGUGAACAGCAGGUGGACAGGAUCAUCCUGCAGCUAAAUCGCUACUACCCCCAGAUCCUCAGCAACAAGGAUGCACAGAAGUUCCGGAACCCCAAGGCAUCGGUGCGCGUGCGGCUCUGCGACCUCCUGGGCCAUCUGCAGCGGAGCGGCGAGCGGGACUGCCAGGAGUUCUACCGGGCCCUGUACAUCCACGCGCAGCCCCUGCACGGCCUGCUGCCCAGCCGCCUCGCCCCGCAGCAUUCCGAUUGCACAGACCUAGACUCAGGCGCCAUGGGCCACGAGCUCAGUGACAGGGGUAACCGCCUCCUCCUGUUCUCUCUCACCCCCUCCCCACCUCCCCCCGCUCCGGCUCGGGGCUGCUCCUUCGCUCCCUCUGCAUGGGCCCCGGGGUGCUUGCUGGGCGCCCCCAGGUCCACAAGCCGCCUGUCUCCCCAGGACCCGUGGCCUUCCUGGCCUGCCUCGGCCUGGCUGCGGGGCUGGCGCUCCUCGUCUACUGCUGCCCUGCAGACCCCAAGGUGCUGCCGGGGGCCCGGCGCGUCCUGGGCUUCUCGCCCGUCAUCGUGGACAGGCACGUCAGCCGCUUCCUGCUGGCCUUCCUCACGGACGCCCCGGGGGCGCUCUGACUCCCCCUCCACGCGGGAGAUGGCCCCGCCGGCCGCCACUUCUUUUCUAAAUGCUUGUUUUUCACUAUUUAUACUUUUUAAAGAAAGUUAUCUUCGCCUAACAAAGGUGUUCGACAUUAAAUGUUGGAGCCUUGUCACUUCUCUCAGGAAUGUUUUCUAGAUGAUUCCCACCAAG